GGGCGGGAAGGAAAUCUGUGUUUCACUGGUUCUGUAUACGUGAGGGCAUGCGGAAUAAGUAGCAAUUACGAGACCAGAAGCAGCGUACAAGUAAACUCGGUGUUCCUCUUGCUUAGGCAGAGAGAUCCAGCAUGCCACCUCAAAGGCUUUUCGCUUUACCAAGACAGGAAUCCUUGGUUCUUCCGGCCGUACUGAAUCCCUUUUUACACGAACUGCACCUGACGGCGGGGGAGACGUUUAAACUUGUGCUUCUUGGUCUGGUUCUGGUUCCAGUCCGUGUGCUAUGCAUGGUUGUGCUUCUUUUAUUGGCCUGGCCAUUUGCUGCCUUUGCUACACUACGGCUACCCACAAAACUUUCUGCUGAGCCCAUGAAAGGCUGGAGGAGGUGCCUAAGUUAUGUAGCAGUUAGCGUUGCAGGUCGCAUCUUUUUCUACAUCAUGGGUUUCCGGAUCAUCAUAAAAGGCACUAGAGUAAGCAGUAAAGAGGCUCCUAUUCUUGCUGUUGCACCACAUUCUAGUUUUUUUGAUGGAAUUGUAUGUGUCAUUGCUGGCCUGCCCUCCACAGUGUCUCGGUCAGAAAAUUUACAAACACCCGUGUUUGGAAGAUUUCUUCGGUGUCUGCAGCCUGUGCUAGUUUCUCGUGUAGAUCCAGAUUCCCAAAACACAAUAUUAGAGAUUGAAAGAAGGGCUACAUCUGCUGGGAAAUGGUCACAGGUGCUGAUUUUUCCAGAAGGCACCUGCACAAAUCGUUCCUGUCUAAUUACUUUUAAGCAAGGUGCCUUCAUUCCUGGAGUUCCAGUUCAGCCAGUCGUACUCCGUUAUCCGAACUCAGUUGAUACAGUAACCUGGACAUGGCAAGGUUAUAAAGCGAGAACACUUUUGUUACUGACUCUCUGUCAACUAUAUACCAAAGUAGAGAUUGAAUUUCUUCAACCACACGUUCCAAGUGAAGAAGAGAAAAGUGACCCCAGCCUUUUUGCAAGUAGAGUCAGGAGCAUAAUGGCUACGUCUCUUGCAUUACCAGUGACCGAUCACACUUAUGAAGACUGCAGACUUAUGAUAUCAGCAGGGGAGCUAACUUUGCCAAUGGAAGCAGGUUUGGUGGAGUUCACCAAAAUCAGCAGGAAGCUCAAUCUUAAAUGGGAUAAUAUCAAGAAAGAAUUAGAAGGUUUUGCCAAUGUUGCAAAUUCAGCCAAAGGAGGAAGAAUUGGGAUUGAAGAAUUUUCCAAAUUCCUUAAACUGCCCAUCAGCCCAGUCCUACAAGAGUUAUUCGCCCUCUUUGACAGGAAUGGAGAUAGUACCAUAGAUUUUAGAGAGUAUGUGAUUGGACUGACUGUUCUUUGUAGACCUGUUAAUAAUGAAGAAACAAUUCAUAUGGCUUUUAAGCUCUUUGAUACAGAUGAUGAUGAACAUAUAACAGAAGAUGAAUUCUCAUCCCUUUUGCGCUCUUCUCUGGGGAUUCCUGAUUUGGAUGUUACCAAACUGUUUCAAGACAUUGAUGUGGAUGGGUCAGGGAAAAUAACAUACGAAGAAUUUAAGGAUUUUGCUCUGAAGCACCCACAGUAUGCCAAACUAUUCACAACCUACCUUGACCUUCAGCGUUACCACGCACUGCAAACAGAACAGGAACCUGUUAUCACACUAGCAGAAAAUAAAGUUGCUCCUGAAAUUGCUAAUGAAGACAGUACUUCAGACAAGAAGGAUGACUGAAUCCUAAUUCUUCGUGUUACAUUUUAUGUAUGUAGCUUCAGUGUUAAUGGGUGUGUUUGUAUAAUCUUCACAAGCAUUUAUACUGUUUUUCUCCCUCUUCAUAAUGGGAAAACAGCCUUCUUCAAGUCAAUUUUGACAUUUUUAAAAGCCUUCAGCAUUCUAGAAGCAACAUCCAAUUAAAUUAGAGACUUAGAAAAGAACUACUUUAUCAAUUUUUUUCUGUUUUUAAAUCGAGAAUUUCAUUUCGUUUGACUAGUAAAACUGAAGAGCUUCAAGCUGUGGCAUACAUUAUGCAGAUACUGACCCACAUAGAGCACAUUGCUACACUGGGCUUUGAAGAUGCCUCAAGAUGUCUCCAUGGGCACUGUGCAAAGGCUAAACUGAGUUACUCAGUAAAUCAGAAGACAGUUUAGGAGGGUUUUCAUUUCCUUUUCUUUGCUUCACCUCUUUACAUUAGUUUAUUUGGGAAAUCACUUUUGUAAUAUAUAUUUGAUAAUUACAAGAAGCGCAUAUUUUAAUUUCAGUCAGCCACCAAAAUCUAAAGCAAAUCCAUAUAUAUCCAGUCCAAUUAUAAAUAGAAAUGUAUGCAUUUAGAAUGUAACAUACUUCAUAGUAUUAAAGUAAAAUCUAAAUAGGGCUUGAUUAAUGUAGAUUUAGAAUAAAAAUAGCAAUAAGAAUACAUAAAAGAAACAGUUAAAAAUAUGAGGGAAAGAUCUGAUUGAAAUGCAGCACUGCUGCCCUCUACUGAUUACUUGUCUUUUGACAUUUAAUUUACUGUGUAGUUACAGUAGCAAAGGAACUCCAGUAAAGAAUUUGGAAAGCAUGAACAAAACCGUAUAAUGUUUUAUUAAGCAGAAAUGACAGAAAUUUAUUAUAUGCUGUAUGAUGUACUUUUCUGAAUUUGUGUGUGUGUGUAUUACACUAUAUAUAUAUAGAUAGAGAGAGAGAGAGAGAGGAUCAAACCUCAGACGUCAGCAGCUGAGGCUUCAGCCCCUGGUUUGAUUACUUCACAGGGUGUAGAUAGCAAUAUUGCAUAGGUCAGAAUCACAAUCCGAUAUUUGGCCAGUCAAUAAACAUCCACCAUGUCCUCUCAGUUGCGAGAAGCAGAUCAUAGACAGGCUAUAUAGUACCUGCCAAAUAAUAAUAAUAUAUAUAUAUAUAUAUAUAUAUAUAUAUAUAUAUAUAUAUAUAUAUAUAUAAUUUAUUAUUUGGAGCCUAAACCAAACCUGGUAUGGUAGCCCACCUUCUUAACACAGUACACAGUAUAUAUACACAUACACACACCCCUGAAAUAGGAUAACUGUUCUCAGGAUAUAAUGAUGCAUUACACGUAUAAAAAAACUUUUUUCAAAGAUGCUGUGUGUUGAGAUGAAUUUGACCCAUUGCACCUCCCAUUGAGUACUACACACCCUCAGAAAGGUACUUUAAUUGAAUGGAUAUAGUGGCUUUAGAUAUACCCUAACUAAUGCACAGCGUAACGCACAGAAUUUAUUACAGUUAGUUUUUAAAGUAACUUAACGGAAUCUAAGCAAUGUACACAUCAAAUCCUCCUGGAGAGGAGAGCAUGCUAAUAUCAUUUGCCUUGUUUGUAUAUGAUUGCUUCUGUUGAUUAAUAAAAGAAAGUUGUAUUUUAUUUAGUGCCUUUAAUAGCUAUUAGCAUUGCAGGGCACUUUACAAAUCAAAUAAUGCAUGAGUGCAUGCACAAAAGAAUGUAUGAGUAAGGAAAUCAGUUUUUAAAGUAAUAAAUACACCACUGUUUAAAAUGUAAACAUUGUGACUUGAAAUACUUUAUCAUUAGAGCCAACUUAUGUGCCUAUGUGACAGAAUUUAUGUGCAGUCUGUAUGCAUUGUCCUCUACAAAAAGCUGGAAUAUAAAUUUUUAUUUAACAAUUUUGUAUAUGUUUAUGUAAUAAAGAGUUUUACAAAUGCAA